AUGUUAUAGUUAAUUAACUUGAUAAAAUUGAGACAAUAACAGCUAUUUGAAAAUUAGCCAUAUGACCCAAAAAUUGAUAAAGAACGUAUAAAUUAGGAGAAUUAAUUACUCCAAGUUUUAUAUCGUUUCUAAAGAGUACAUAUCGAUGAAAAAUUGAAUUUCUAUGAACAAUCAGCUCAACUAAUGAAUAAACCUAUUCAACCUUUACUUCCAAUGCAAGUGUAUGAUUUUAUUGCUAAACUAUAUAUGGAAUUUUUUCAAGAAAACGAAUUUUAAGACAAAGCAUAAAAAAUCUAAUUAAUCUUGGAAAAUGAGAUGCAUAAAAAUCAAUCAUUCAUUAUUCUAAUGAUUAAAUGGCUUUUAGAGUAUUAUCGACUUUAAGUCAAAAAAAAGGAGCCUCAAUUAAAACCUGUUUAAGUAAUGAGAAGAAAACUACUAAUGACAAUUGAUCAAAAUAAAUUAGAGGUGAAAAAAUCUUCAGAAUCACAGACAAAAAGGAUAAGAAUGCUGAAUUUAUCUAAAAGUCCAGAGAGUGAUUAGAAUACUCUGUCCUCAUCUUAUCAAUAAUCAACUCUGAGGAGAACUAAAAUAAAUUAAAGACAGUUAUAUAAUGUAAUACCUGACUUAGAUUGGGAUAUGCCAUGGGAUAGAUCAUAUAAGAUUUUGUUCAAUAGAAACUAAAGAAUAUCGAGAUCUAUAUAAAAGAAUUGCAACUGA